AUGGUGGAACAAGAAGCGUUGCAAGCACUCGGCGGAUUUGGUGAAUGGAUCUGGGGUGACGAUGCUGAGACAACUGUGUUUGCUCUGGCUUUUGGAGAUGGCAAGACAUUAAUAUUUCGAUUUGUGGUCGAUCAGACUGAGCCUGAAUCUCUUGCGACACGAGUCGUGAACUUCUUUCAUGGCCUCAAAACUAUCAAUACAAGAGCUCGCUUUUUGGGCUGGGCCUCUAUGCUCACGAAAAUAUGGUCAUCAGUUGCUACAGUCUGGGACGAGUGUAGUGACGAACCCACUGUUGAAGAUCCAGACGUCGUCAUUGAUAUUUAUGAAGCCAGGCUAACAGAUAAUGCCCCCCCGCAGAUAAUGUGGAAAAUUUGCCAUGAGGUGGAUCUGUUCAACAAAUACGCUUACCUUCUCUUGCCACAAGACCAACUUCUUGUGAAGCAACCGACAAACACAGUGGAUUUUAAAGAUUUAGUCCGGCAGCAUCAGCUUGGUGGGAGAGGCUGUACUACGCUUGCACAUAUGCCAUCCAGUCCCCAAACAAAGUAUGUGUUCAAAGGGAUCGACUUCAGGACCUUUUUGUUUGGCUACGAAAGCGGGCAUAUUCGAGAAGAAGUCAAAAUAUUCUAUCGAUCAAUGGAGCUAGUUUGCAACAUGCCACCCCAUCCUAAUGUUAUGUUCCCAGCGUAG